CAGAAUUUUUUCCGCAUCGCGCCAGUUCAGUUGAUGUUCUUGCGUCCUUGAAGCGUUUGUUCCUAAAUUAAGGCCCAUGGAUGUAAGGGACGCAGAGGGGAGACAUUGCUCAAGUCCCUCAAGUUUAUUGUUUUGCAUUCAAUUUGGCUGAGGGUAUUUUGAUGUCACGCUUCUGACGAGGAAAUUGUGUUUUGAUCUGCGAAACCCUUGUGAAGCUCGCCCAGUCGCGGGCGGCAAAAGCGUGCAAGGUUUACAUCCCGCGGGAACGCAUUCUUGUCCUUUUGGCGUACACCGCGAGGGGAUCGUCUUACGCCCUUUGCUCUGCAGUCAUUUCCCGUUUGUGCCAAAAUUCUACAUGCAUACUGUGACCGAAACAUUAUCAAACGCUCAUACCGAUGAUACCUUACCAUUCCAUCACAUUGGACAAAUGAACAAGGACGACACCAUUGAGAGGAUUCGGGGGGAGGUGGGAUUUAGAUUAUUGAAUACUGGAAAAACGUCGGGUAAUGCCACGCCAUCGAGCCCAUAGCACCCGAUGUCCUGUGUAAGUGCCAUGGCGCUCCUCGUCCUCGGUUCCUUGUAUUACGGACAACUCUGCAUGUGUACGCUAACUAUAUCUUAGUCUCCCAACUCAUGUCAACUAACAAUAUCUCAACGGGAACUAGCAGCAGAGCCGAGCAGCAAUUAACACGAACUCAGAGGUUUCUGCGAUUGCUGGAUCCCCGGCGGUCGAUAAAGUCCCGCUUGGCGGUAGCAAUGUUCUGCGUGUCAAUUCUUUUCCUCCUGACAUCGGCCUGCAUUGUGGGCUUCACAGUCAUCAACAACCUCAGAGAAUCUUCAGGCCUAUCACUUAUGCAAUUUGCAAUGACCACGGCCAGGACGAUCGAUGAGACGAUAUAUGCGCGAUACCGGGAUAUGCGCAUCAUUUCGACCUUGCCAUUUGUGCGAGAUCCAAGCACGGAUUCGGCUACACUCCAAUUGGUAUUGGAUGAGACGAAAGCGACGUACGAGCUUUAUUCGUGGAUAGGGAUUACGACGAAUGAUGGAACUGUGAAGGCAGCAACGGACGGAGUUUUAGCCAACGUAAACGUGUCCGCUCGACCGUGGUUCAAGGCAUGUGCAAAUGCACCAUUUGCAAACCCGCCCCGUUUCGUUGGGGACGUGCACGGUGCAGUACUGUUGCAAAGAGUUCUGAAUCUUACAGAGCCGCUCCGUUUGCUGGACGUUGCUCUCCCACUUUUUGCGAUGAACGAAACGCAGAUUGGUGUUCUUGGAAGUCACAUCAACGCUUCCGUAACACGAAAGGUCGAGCGGGAUGUACUGGGAACAUUUCGGGAAGGAACGAUGGAGCUCUUCAUUAUAGGGACGGACGGCCUUGUGCAAGCGCCAGUGGGAAGUACUGAAAACAGUACAGCCUGGAUUUCACAAUCUCCCGACUCUGCGUUGAUGUUAGCCAGAGCUGGCCACACCGGAUGGAGAGUAGAGCGAUGGCCAUCAGGCGUUCAGUAUCUCACAGGAUUCAGCCAAUGCAGCGGUAUCGAAGGCAUAAAUAUGAACUGGAGCAUCCUCGUUCGACAAUCAACAGCGACUGCAUUCGCGGCACCAAAUCGCCUGGUGUUGAUUUUAGGACUAGCUCAUCUUGGCUUUGCCAUUAUCCUUGUGGGAGCUUCCUACACCGUUGCUCACAUCACAACGGCGCCACUACUGGCCAUCUCUCGGGCCGCUGAUAAUAUCCGUAAACGAUCGGCGAUGCCGCAAAUUCCCGUUGUCCACGGAAAUGAUGAAAUCGCCCGGCUGUCAUAUUCCUUAAAUUCACUUGUAUCUACGCUGGUCGAAAAAGAGAUCAAUCUGAAGGGAAUUAAUCAGGACUUGGCAGACAAGGUGGAAGCACUUGAACGUGCUGAAGCAAGUCUCCGCGCUAGCGAGGACAAAUUUCGACAGGUGACGGAUACAACGCAGGAUGCCUUCUUUAUCCUCGAGAUCCUCCCCCCGGGUGAAUAUAGCUCCCUUCUGAGUCCCCCACCAAAUGACGAUGCUGGUGUGUUGCCUGAAAAAUGGGUACACAUGUCAGCUGCCUUUGUUAAGCUCUUUGGCAUAUCUGCCAUGGAACUCGAAGAUGAUCCUACAACCUGGUUGCAGGUGGUCGCUCCGGAAGAUCAACAAGCCGUCGCCAAGGCUUUUGCACAGCGUCAAAAAUCACCCAUUGAUAUCACUUUCCGAGUCACCCCUGGUCCUCUCGCUGACAACCAGAGGCUCCGAUAUAUUGCAUUGAGAUCACUUUUAGUGAAACCAAAAGCAAGAGAUCACACACCAAAACGGGUUAUCGGCGUCUUCCAAGAUAUAUCACUGCAAAAACAAGCGGAGAUUGAGUCUCAGCACAAGAGUUCAUGGGUGCGGCAGGUUGGACACGAGAUUAGGAACCCAUUAGCUGCGACCUUUACGAUGAUCAAUCUAUUGUUGGAGAUGGAUUUGUCGGCAGAGCAACUGGAUUUGCUGCAAACUAUCCGAACCUCCAAUGAUAACCUGCUGUCGCUGAUCAACAGCAUUCUUGACUUGGCAAAACUGGAAGCCGGAGAAAUGCAUCUAGAAACGAUACCGUUCAACUUGGCCACACAGAUCGAAGAUGUGUUAGAUCUAAUGGCACCUCAAGCCCAUAAAAAGGGGCUUCGGGUCGGUGGAUACGUGGAUCCGACCAUUAAUCCAUUGGUGAAAGGCGACCCGUUGAGAUUGAGGCAAAUCAUUAUUAACCUAUUUACCAAUGCCGUCAAAUUCACACAAAAAGGAUCUGUGUUCCUACGAGUAGAGAGGGAUGCCGAAUAUACUGGUUCGCCUACAACGGAUGGGCAAGGUCAAGUGGCCCUAAGAUUCCUCCUGACAGACACCGGCAUCGGAAUAUCCAAAGAAAACCAAGGAAAACUAUUCAAAGAGUUUGCGCAGGCUGAAGCGAGUACGAGUCGUCAUUAUGGUGGAACAGGGCUAGGUUUAUCCAUUGUCCGCCAGCUGGUUAAUAUGAUGAACGGGGAUGUCGGUAUUAUAUCUGAAAUCGGCAAAGGAUCAACCUUUUACUUUACCGCCGUGUUCCUGGCCGAUAUGACAGGAUUCGACGAUGGACCGCCCAUGAUCUCACCCCUUCGAAUUGAUAACAAGCGUAUAUUGAUUGUGAGCGCAUGGGAUCGAACAUAUGAGGUCGUCCAUGCUGCUGUAGAAGCCAUCGGAGGUAUCCCAGUCGACACUAUGCAUCUUCCGACAGCGAUCCAAUUAGUAGAACAGGGUGGCCUCGCUGCGGUGAUUCUAGAUGUCGACCUUGAACAGAAAGAAAAUGAUGAAGCAUUAUGUAAAAUUUCCGAAAAGAUGCCUGUGGUCAUUGUCGUGUCAAGGGAAAAGAUGGAAACAAUACGACAUCGGCUUAUUCCGGAGAAAGUCAUAGCAGUAACAGAUCCGAUAAAGACGAAAAGGCUGCAAGAUGAAUUAUCCCACAUCUUGCUACAAUUAGGACCAGCACCGGUUGGACACGCAACAGCCCGGCGAUCAAAAGCUCAGAGGACCAUACCAGAUGUGCAACUCCUCCAUCCCAACGGUCAACAAUGGAAAAGUAAAAUUAUGCUCGUCGAAGACAAUCUAAUUAAUCAGAAAGCCGUUGCCAAACUCCUCUCCCGAAUCACCGGAGAAGUCCCACUCGUCGCGCACGACGGCCAAAUGUGCCUCGACAUGCUAGCCGAGUGCUAUCAAAAAGGAACUCUGGUGGACAUUAUCUUUAUGGAUGUUUGUAUGCCCGUUAUGGAUGGGUUAACUGCCACGAGAGCGAUUAUGGAGCUGUACCCGGAUAAGGUUCGACCCAUUGUGAUUACCAUGACAGCCAACGCGCUCCACGAAGACUAUGUACAAUGUAUGCAAGCGGGUGCAGACGGUUACCUUUUGAAACCUGCUUCUCGAGAUAUCCUCGAGAAAACUAUCGAGCAAUGGGAAAGUGUUGUGCGGCAACGACGAAGUAGUCGUGCGAGUUCAGUUAAAAGCGUAACAUCCCUUCACUUGGAAGAUAUACCCAACAAUCAUUAAAUAGCCAUCUUGAAGCUGGUCGCUGUAUUCCUUGUAUUGAGCACUGUAAAAUAAAUCAACAAUUCUAAACUUUGCCUCAACAUGUAACGAAUACAAAUGAAUGUGAAGGUCAAC